AAUGACGGCGCGCGAGAGAACAGGCUGGUGUUUAUCACUUCUGAGAUUGUGCGCUCACUUCCUAAUGUGGAGUGGCGUUUAUAAGCGCUAGCUUGGAGCAGAAAAUGUAGUUUAUGAGCACUAGCUUGCAGCAGAAAGUGUAGUUUAUGAGCGCUAGCUUGAAGCAGAAAGUGUAGUUUAUGAGCGCUAGCUUGCAACAGAGCUGCUGUCAUGUCUACUCAGAGCAGCGCUGCUUCUGGGAUUCAGGGUCUUCUCCUGAAACUUCAUGAAUCACUUUCAGACGAAGACAAGCGAGCAGCAGCUUUGAAUUGUCACGAUAUUAUCGGUGAUUUGGGGCAGGAGUGCAUGCUAACCCCCACUGAGAGCGAACUUGCCUUACAGACGUCGCUGCUGUUCUCCAAAGAUUAUGGCCUUCUCAUCUUCCUCAGGAAGUCCGUGGCGUUGGAUGAGCUGCGGGACACGCGUGUUGAAGCCUUUGUGUUUUUGGAGAAGUUUUUAGACAAAAUGUCUUCCAGAGUGAAAGGCUGGGAGAAAACGUACGCCGUGGACAUCAGAGACAUGUGCAUGGCUGUUUACACAAAGGAGAAGGCUGCCAAAUGUCGGACCCCCAUCCUGGAGCUCCUGAUUAAGGUGGUGAAGACGACGAAGGCUUCCAGCGUGGCUGCAGACUUCAGGAUCUCUGAGAUAUUCAACCGGUUUUACAGCGAGCUCUGUCAGAAGAGCAAGCUAGCAGAUUCAGUUCUGGGUAAAAUCUACGAGCUGCUGGGAGUUCUGGGAGAGGUUCAUCCCAGUGAGAUGGUCAACAACUCCGAUAAGCUCUACAAGGCUUAUCUGGGAGAGCUGAAGGAGCAGAUGACGUCUUCAACAAAAGAAGCCAAACUUUUUGUGGUAGCUGGAUGUCUGAGAGGAAUCACCGCCCUGAUGGUUAAUUUCACUAAGAGCAUGGAAGAAGACCCAGUAACCUGUAAGGACAUCUUCCAGUAUGCGGUGAAGUCCAUCACUCCCCAGAUGGAAAUGAGUCGCUACGCCGUCACGUGUGCUGGACUCCGGCUGUUCUCCAGACAUGCGUCCCAGUUCAGCGGCUGCCUCAUGGACCAGUACCGCACCUUGUUCGAGACCAUGUGUAAACUCUGCGGUCACAUCAACGCUGAGAUGAAGAAGACCAGCUAUAGUGCUCUGGAAGCUUUUCUCAAACAGGUCGCCAUGUUGGUCGCCGACAACGUUGAAGAGCACAAAACCAAACUGAAGUUCUUCAUGCAGAAGUUCUGCAGCAUUAUUAAAACCAUGGACUCCACCCACAAAGAGCUGUCCAUCGCCAUCCGAGGAUAUGGCUUCUUUGCUGCGCCCUGUAAGAAGGUUUGCCCCCAGGAUGUGGACCUGAUGUACACGGAGUUGAUCCAGCGCUGUAAGCAGAUGUACCUGACAGAGUCGGACAGCGAGGACGACAGCUUCUAUCAGCUACCCAGCUUUCUGGACUCCAUUGCCAGUGUCCUCAUUCACCUGGACAAGGUUCCAGAGGUGUAUACUCCGCUGUUAGAGCGGCUCCUGGUGGUGCAGAUUGACAGUUUCCCUCAGUACAGCGAGAGGAUGCAGAUGGCCUGCAGCAGGUCCAUCCUGAAGGUUCUGGUGGCCAUGGCCUCUAAAGGACCGGUUCUCUGGACCUUCAUCAGCUCUGUGGUUCAUCAGGGUCUGAUUCGUGUCUGUUCGAAGCCCGUCGUCCCUGCUGAGGAUGCUGGAAAUGAGUCCUCCCAAGUUCGGACUGGAAAGUGGAAGCUUCCCUCCAGUCCCAGCUACCUUCCUCUGUAUAAAGGGCUUCUGGACUGUGACCAACUGAAGGAUUCUGGGUUUUUGGAUGGUGCUUUUGAAAGCCAGAACGCUGCCCUGGGGUCUCUGAGCCGUCUCCUCUACGAUGAGUUGGUGAAAUCGAUUCUCCGGAUUGUGGAGAAGUUGGACUUGUCUGUGCAGAAGAUAACGUCGGGAGAGGAGGCUCCAGAUGACUCGGCCCACAUCCUGCCCUCAUCCGACCCGACAGCUUACCUUUUACCCAACAAGGUCAAAGACUUCACCGCCUUCGUCAACCUGGUUGAGUUCUGCAGCGAGUUGUUGCUCAGUAAACACGUGGAGUAUUUCCAGUGGUGGAUGUACCCUCUCAGCCAUGAUCUGAUCCUCCACUCCAUUAGAAAUCCACUCGUCAGUGGCUUUUACAAGCUGCUGUCUGUCACCAUGAAAGUUGCCAAGAGAAUCAAGUAUUACCAGGGAGUUGGCCUGAGAAGCUCUGAAUCUCCUCAGACUGAUAAUGUGAAAAGAGCUUGUUUCACCCUUUUAUCCAAGUUUGGAAAAGAGGUGUGUGUCCGAAUGAAGCAGUACAAGGAUGAGCUGCUGGCGUCCUGCUUGACCUUUGUUCUCUCGCUGCACCACAACAUGGUGGCUUUGGACAUUAAGGCCUACUGUCCUGCUCUGGAGACUGCACUGAGGUUGGGUCUGAGCCACGUUCCUCUGGCCAACGCUGCCCUGGAUGCUCUGGAGGACUGGUCCUCUAACAUCCCCCUGGAGACUAUGCAGCCCUGCUACACGAGCAUCCUUCCUCUCCUGGAUGGAUACCUGAAAAGCACCACUGCUAACGAAAAAGAUGGAAGCAGCUGGGAGGUGGUGUCUUCUUUAUCUUCAAGAAGUGAACGAGGAUACAGCAGAGUGAUGACGAGGCUCCUGAAGAAGUCCAAGCAGCUGGCUGUGGAAGAUGCACCUCUUGACUUGGUGAGGCUCAGGGUGGUGAAGCUGCUCGGACACCUGGGAGGAAAGCUGAACAGGAACCUGGUGACUGUGGUCUCCUCAGAGGAAAUGAUGAAGAAAUUUGUGGCCUGGGACUUGGAGAGAAGACUAAGCUUCGCGGUGCCGUUCAGCGACAUGAAGCCGGUCAUAUACCUCGACCCGUUCCUGCCUCGCAUUAGCGAGCUGGCUCUGUCCACCAGCGACAGACAAACCAAAGUAGCGGCCUGCGAGCUGCUCCACAGCCUGGUGGUCUACAUGGUUGGGAAGAGUGCUCAGAUGGCCGAAGGGAAGAAUAAACCGCCGCCCAUGUACAAGCUGCACAAAAGACUGUUUCCUGUGUUGCUGCGCCUGGCUUGUGAUGUGGAUCAGGUAACCAGACAGCUGUUUGAACCACUGGUCAUGCAACUGAUUCACUGGUUCACCAACAACAAGAAGUUUGAGAGUCAGGAUACAGUCGCAGUUCUGGAGGCCAUUCUGGAUGGAGUGGUUGACCCGACAGACAGCACUCUCAGAGACUUCUGUGGCCGCUGCAUGGAGGAGUUUGUUAAAUGGUCGAUCAAACAGACCACACCCAGGCAGCAGGAGAAGAGCCCCACCAAUAUGAAGAGUCUCUUUAAACGCAUCUACAGCCUGGCUCUCCAUCCGGGCGGCUUCAGGAGACUCGGCGCCGCCUUAGCGUUCAACAAUAUCUACAGGCAGUUCAGAGAGGAGAACUCGCUGGUGGAGCAGUUUGUCUUUGAGGUUCUGGUCAUUUUUGUGGAGAGCCUGGCUCUGGCACACUCAGAUGAGCGAUCAAUGGGUACAUUGCAGCAGUGCUGCAGCGCCAUCGACCACCUGAAGAGAAUCAUUAAACACAAAGCUCCCAGUCUGAACCAGCACAGCACCAACAGACGCAUCCCCAGGGGGUUUCCUCCUGGUGGAAAGCUGUGUCUAUCAGACAUGGUCGUCUGGCUUCUGGAGCAAUGUGGUCGACCUCAGACGGAGUGUCGCCACAAAUGCAUGGAGCUGCUGUAUGAAUUCAUUCCUCUCCUUCCAGGGAGGAAAUCUGCAGCUCAGUGGCUGGACGGGAUGCUGAAGGAUCACGGCAUUGACUUCCUGAUCUCUUGCUUUGAGGGGGGGGGUCUCCUGUCCCAGCCGACCCUCAGGGACCUGCCGGGCCCCUUCAACGUCCGGGCUGCCCUGCGCUGGAUGGACCUGCUGCUGGCGGUGUUGGACUGCUACAACACCUUCAUCAGCUUGCACAUCCUCCAGCCUCAGCAUGUCCUCGGCUCCAAAGAUAAAUCGAGCUUCCUGAAGGCGACACAUUUCUUCCUGACGGAGCUGGCGGCUCACGACCUCCCAGCAGCAGAGGGAUGCUUCCCAGUCGGAGAUGGGAUGUCCCACUUCAGUCCCAGAGAGGUGGACCAGUACAACUACAGUAAAUGCAGCAUCAUCGUCCGUCUGCUGGAGUUUUCCUCCAUGAUCCUGGUUCGAGGAGACCAGGACUUCUGGAAGCAUCUGGAACGAGACAUUUUCUGUUCGGUGUUCUUUGAGCUGACGGCGACGGUGGUGUGUGAGCCAUCUGCUGUGGGUUUCAACAUGGCCGACGUGGAGGUGAUGAAGAACCUACCAGAGGUGUGCGUUCCCCUUCUGAAAGCUCUGCUGGCCUCUCCGUAUCGCAGUUGCAUCGAAAGCAGCCUGCGAACUAAAAUCUCCAGGAAAAGCGUGGAGGAUCUGUGUGCUGUAGACCUAUUCCACCUCAGCCACCACGACCGCAUGGAGAUGCUUCUGGCUUCCUGUAAGCAGAUUCACAAAGCCGGUGCCCUCAGCUGCAUUCUGCACGGCCAGGAUUCGUCCUACGCAGUGUCGCUCGGGUCGCGACUGUUAAUGGCAGUAUAUAAGGGCAUCGCUCCCGGAGAGGACAGGAAGGCGCUUCCAUCGCUGGACGUAAACACCCGGAGAGUGGCGGAUGGUCUGCUGCAGCUCACCUUCUCCCUCAGCCAGCAGAGCCAACAGCUGGUGGAUCUACUGCUGAACACCAUCAUGCUCUCAGUUCCAGUUUCUGGAGGUCCCAGCCACAACUUCCUGAGCUUCUCUCAUGGAGAGUACUUCUACAGCCUCUUCCAGACCACCAUCAACACAGAGCUGCUCAGACAUCUGGACAGCAGCGUUCCCCGCCUUCUGCAGGCCUCGGCUCUCAGUCCCAGCAUGGUGAGCCUGCUGCUAAACGGCAUGCUGGACCACACCUUCAGGGAGCGCUCCAUGAGGAAGACUCAGGGCAAGCAGCUGGUGGAGGAGGUGCUGAGAAGAUGGAGCAGCCUGCAGGCAUGGUGGGAAGGACCUUCAUCCACCCAAGAGAGCAAAACCGCUACUCUUCUUCUGCUCUCCAAGCUCCUCCAGAUUGAUUCUUCUGUUUGCUCCAACACUGAACACGAAGCCUUCAGACCCGUGUUUUACACUUUUACUUCCCUGCUGGUCGACAUGGAUCUACCACUAAAUCUCAAGAGUCAAGCCCUGCUGGUGCUGCCGUUCUUUACCGUCCUCCCAGACCAGCCUCUGGCUGAGCUGCAGAAGGCCCUCCAUUCUCUGGUAGCGUCCCACUUCCCCAUGCAGUCGGACGAGUUUGCCAAGGGCUCCCUGCACCGGAACAACUACAUGGACUGCAUCCGUAAGCUGCUGGACGCUCUGGAGCUGUCCCAGAGUCCGGUUCUGCUUAGACUUCUGGCCGGAGUUCUGUGCCGGGACCGUAAGCACAUCAUGGAGGACCAGUUCCAAACCUGCUUCCAGAGGAUUUCCCAGCGGUCGAGCGGUGAGCGGCAGCUACAGCUGCUGCGUUCCGUGUUCCAGGUGAUCCAGCAGGGCGACGUUCCUGUCAGCUCCAUGCUGCAGGCCAUGAUGGAACGGGUCCUGCUGCCGCUGGCCUCCCACUGCAGCACCGAGGCUCUCAGCAGCUUCUUUCUGGAAAAUAUCUCUGACAUCAUUUCCUUCCUGCUCAGCCGCUUCACCAAGUCAAACGAAGCAGAGUUUGAGGUCCAGCUGCUGAAGAAGAACGGCUUCUAUAAGCUGAUGGAGCUUCUCUACUCACGGCUUCCUAAAGAGGAGCUUUACUCCAAGGAUUCCCGCAUCAAUCAGGCCUACUGUCGCUCCGCCCAGACGGAGGGAAACGAGCUGUCCAAGGCUCUCAUUAAGUCAUGUUUUGAAGCUUUCACAGAGAAUAUGGCUGGAGAGACCCAGCUGCUGGAAGUCAGGAGACUUUACCACUGCUCUGCUUACACCUGCGCCAUGGCCGUCAUCAGCCGCAGCUUCACUGAGCCCCGCUUCUACCACGGCUUCCUCUUCAGCGAGAAGCCAGAGAAGAACCAGUUCAUCCUGGAAAACAUCAUUGAUGUCGAAAGAACCUACAACUUUCCCAUUGAAAUCGAGGUCCCACUUGAAAGAAAGAAGAAAUACGUUCUGAUCAGAAAAGAAGCGAGUGAUGAGAGCGGAGAAACGCCAGUCUACCUGUCCUCCCAGUCCUACAUGGCCGACAGCAGCCUGAGUGAAGAAAUGAGUCAGUUUGACUUUUCCACAGGAGUACAAAGUUUUUCCUUCAACUCCCAAAACCCAGAGAGACCAAAACAGCCUGUUCCUAGAAAGGAGAUGGAGGAGACUCCCGUCUCCCAGGAUGCAGCGGUGGAUCUGGAAAUGGAUGAGCUGAACCAGCACGAAUGUAUGGCGGCCAUGACUUCUUUGAUCGGUCACAUGCACAGGAACAACAUCACCCCUAAAAUCCAUCAGGGAAAUCUGCCAGGUGAGCUUCCUUCAUGGAUGAAGUUUCUUCAUGGAAAACUGUCAAAUCCAAUGACGCCUCUGAACAUCAGACUCUUCAUAUCAAAGCUGAUCAUCAACUCAGAGGAGGUUUUCCGGCCAUAUGCCAAACACUGGCUUGGACCGCUGCUGCAGCUCGUCGUCUCUAGUAACAACGGAGGAGUAGGGAUCCAUUUCAUGGUGGUGGAUGUUGUGGUCACAGUGCUGUCAUGGACAAGCCUGGCCACGCCAAAGGGAAACCCCAGAGACGAAGUCCUCGCCAACCGGCUGCUGGAGUUCCUGAUGAAGCACAGCUUUCACUACAAGAGAGCCGUCUUCCGCCACAACCUGGAAAUCAUUCGCACUCUGGUCGAAUGCUGGAAAGACUGUCUGCACGUCCCAUACAGUCUGAUCCACGAGCGAUUCAGCGGCACCGACCUGAACAGCAAAGACAACUCUGUUGGACUCCAGCUGCUGGGAAUCGUCCUUGCCAACAACCUCCCGGCAUACGAUCCCUCCUGUGGGAUUGAGUAUGAGAGGUACAUUCAGUCCCUGACCAACAACUUCUCCUUUGUGAGGUAUAAAGACGUUUAUUCAGCUGCAGCUGAAGUUAUUGGCCUCAUCCUGAAGAACAUGACAGAACUGGGUCAGCAUCAUCAGGAACUUCUCAAUCUUGCUGCAACCAAAAUAACAAACCUGAAGAAAAAAGAUCUCGAUGACAAGUUCAUCAUCUGCUUAAACAAAGUAUCCAAACACUUCCCUCCAUUUAUGGAUCGGUUUGUUAAUCACGUCUUCUUCCUCCUGCCGAAGCUACACGGCCUUUUAAAGACUCAUUGUUUGGAGUGUGUGCUGAGCCGAGCUGACGUCAUCCCCGACAUCUUUCUGCAGCUGAAGACCACAGGAUUCAUUCAGAUGAUGAGCCACAGGGACGAAGGAAGACAGCGAGUUUGUCUGGACAUCAUCCAUAAGAUCCUUGCUCUCCUGACUCCGGCUGAUCUUCAGGAGAUUCUGGGAGCUGUGACGGCGUUUAUCUCCCAUCCUUCACCGGUCUGCAGAGAGAGGAUGUACGACAUCCUGAUGUGGAUCCAGGACAACUACAGUGAUGAGGAGAGCAUGAACGACGCCACAUCAGUCGAGGUUUUAGAUGCAGCUAAAGAAGCUCUGCUUCAGGGGUUAUCAGAGGAAAACCCAGGCCUCCAACUUUAUGUCCGUAACUUCUGGAGUCAGGAGAAGCGCCUGCCCACCACCACCCUGCAGAGGAUGCAGGUGAUCCUUCGCUCUCUCUACUCCUGCCACAUUGAACGCUGUUUCCUAAGUUUGGCCACCAACCUGCUACUGGAAAUGACGAGCCAGAGUCCCGACUUUCAACGCAACAUGUUUGAGUAUCCUCUGUCUGAAUGCAACUUCCAGGACUACGUCAUCGACUCCAACUGGCGCGUCAGGAGCACUGUCAUGACUCCCAUGUUUGUUGAAACCCAGAGCUCUCAGGGUCCAGAGAGUCUGGCAGCCUCCCAGUCUGCAGCCUCAAAGGGGAAACUCAGAGCCACCCAGACCUCCUUAGAGUUUACCCAGACCCAGAUACCCGGUCGUCGUUCUGCUUAUAACUGGCUGACAGGAAGCAGCGUUGACACACUGGCAGAUUACUCUCCAAGCUCUGAGUCCCUGUCCUCGCUCAUGGUGUUCGAUAAGAAGGAGAGGCAGCCGGCGGCGAGGAGGCCAGUGGGGGAGGGCUUCGGUCUGAGGCGUCUGACCACAUCAGCGGACGAGGUGGACAGUCGCACCCGAGCUGAAAAUGAGCGGCGCAGUAACAUCCUGAGACUGAGACGCAGAUUUCUCAAAGACCAGGACAGAGUCAGCUUGACCUUCGCUCAGAGAGAGAUCCAACAACAGAGGCAGAAGAAGGAAGAAAAAGCCGAUCAGAGGCUGAGGAAGGAGGCUCAGGUGACUCUGUACCGCAGCUACAGAACCGGCGACUUCCCAGAUAUCCAGAUCCCCCACAGCAGCCUCAUCGCUCCGCUUCAAGCAUUAGCGCAGAGAGAUCCCAUUUUGGCCAAACAGCUGUUCAGCUCCCUGUUUGCUGGCAUCCUCCAAGAAAUGGAGAAGCAUCAGAAUCCGGAGGAGAGCUGCAGGAUCAAAGAGGAUCUGCGGUGCAACAUGAACAUGUUCCUGAACAAGAGUACGCUCUGUUUCCCACCAUUCAUAGCAUGUGUGCAGGACAUGUGCUACCGGCACUCAGAGCUGCAGCAGCUCGACCCGGCAGCUGUCAGCUCCACCUGCCUCAUGAGUCUCCAGCAGCCGUCUGGCAUCCUGCUGCUGGAAGAAAGUUUGCUGCACGCCGCUGGCCCGGACGAACGUCCUGCCAAACGCUCACGAGGACGUAAAGAGAUCCCUCCUGACACCUCAAAGUGGAUCCACCUGGCCAGGCUUUACAGAUCUCUGGAGGAUUACGAUGUUGUUCGUGGUAUCUUUGGAGGAAAAGUCGGCACCAAGUCCAUCACCUGCUCUGCUCUUCAAGCGGAAGCCAACUCCGACUUUGCAGAAGCUGUGAAGCUUUAUAACGAGGCUCUGAACAUGGAAAACUGGUCUGAUGGUGAACCGACCGACUCUGAGAAGGACUUCUGGGAAAUCGCUGCCAUGGAGGCGUACAGUCAGCUGACCGAGUGGAAGUCUCUCCAGUAUUGUUCCACCAUUUACAUCGAUGGUACCACUCCACCUGAUCUGGAGAAGAUGUGGUCAGAACCGUCCUACCAGGACAUGUACCUUCAUCACAUGAUCCGCAGCAUGCUGAAGCAGCUGCAGCUGGGCGACACGGACCAGACGCUUCUCAGCUUCAUCGAUAAAGCGAUGAAGGUGGAGGAACGGAAGAAGCUGCUGGAGACGCAUCACAGCCAGGAGCUCAGUCUCCUCUACAUCCUGCAGGAGGACUACGACCGAGCCAGAUUCUACACCAGCAACGCCAUGCAGACCUUCAUGGAGAGCUACUCCAGCGUGGACACUCUGCUGACCCAGAGUCGGCUGACCAUCCUACAGUCAGUCCAGGCCUUGACUGAGAUCCAGGACUUCCUGUUCUUCAUUAAAGGAGAUGUGUCGGUGAGCUCCCUGAAGCGCCUCAUCAGAUCAUGGACCGAUCGAUUUCCUGAUGCUAGAGUAGAUCCAGUCAACGUUUGGGAUGACAUCAUCACAUCACGGUGCUUCUUUCUGGACAAGAUCAGAGAAAAACUGAGAGGUCCAGUUCUCAGCGACAGCAUGGAGGUGGAGGAUUCAGACCCAGCAGCUGAUGUGGAGGCCAUCGUGAACGACUGCAAGUUCAACAUGAAGCUGCACAUGGCUAACAGCGCCCUGAAGCAGAGAAACUUCCCAGUUGCCACCAAGCUUCUGAAGGAACUUCACCGAGAAGCUAAAACCAACCGAAGCUGGCUGCUGCAGUGGGUUCACUGCUUCAGCCGCUACAACCAUCACCGCAGCCAAGCCCAGGGUCCCGUGGAGCAGAUCAGUAUCAUGCUGAAGACCAUCCCCCUCCUUGAGGAUCUUCAGGACGACUGUCAGAGUGCUCCGAGUAAAGUGCUCCGGUACCAGAAAAUCCUCCAGGGAACAUCUUUCCACAUGCUGGCCUCAGCUCUGGGCAGGUCCACGUCGGUUCUGGAAGUUCUGGAUCCCGAGAAAGCUCAGAGAGUUGUUAAGUUGUCAGGAGCUGCUUGGUCCAGUGGAAGUCCAAAGGAAGUAGAGGUGGGUCUGCAGCUCCAGGCUCUCCGGUUGCUGUGUGAGGCCUCCAGAAAGGCUGAUGAGGAGCUCCAGUCCUUCAGUCAGGACUCGGUGGAGAGCAGCAGCAUCGCAGAGACGUUCAUGGCUCUGUCGGAUUUUUGCGAUAAACUUCUGCGACUGGAGGAGCAUGCCCAAAUUGACAGUAAAUUUCCAGAGCUGCAGAUGCUGCCUGUUCAUGUGGUGGAGAGCAUGCUGAAAGCUCUGAAGAUGGAUUCGGAGGAGGCUCGCCUCAAGUUCCCUCGUCUCCUUCAGAUCAUUGAGUCAUUUCCAUCUGAGACGCUCGACCUCAUGACCAGAGAGAUGAUGUCAGUCCCUUGCUGGAUGCUGAUUGGCUGGAUCAGUCAGAUGGUCGCUGUGCUGGAUAAACCAGAAUCUGUGGCGGUGCAGCACUGCGUGGCUCAGAUAGCCGAGUGUUACCCUCAGGCGCUGGUUUAUGCCCUCAUGAUCAGCAGUGAGACGUUCCGGUUCGAGGACUCGGCCACCGGACACCAGCAGCAGGACUUUGUCCGCCGGCUCAGCAGCAGGCUGGAUAGAGGAGCCGUGAGGACGUUCGUGGAUGCUCUGCAGCAGCUGACAAACCCCGACAUGAUUUUUAAGGAAUGGUGGGACGGUGUGAAAACCGAACUGGAGAAACCAACGUUUGACAGGAAGCAGAUGGAAAACAUGUAUGAGGAGAUGCGAUCUUCCCUCGGGGAUGAAAACGCUGAAAGACACGGAACGUUUCGCAGGAAAUUUAUCCGAAAGUUCUUUAAAGAUGUGGAGAAACUUUUGGGGCCAAAUGGCUGCAAGCUGUUUGAGAAGAGAAAAGACAGAAGCUUUCUGCGACCGGUGGAUAAGCUGGCAGCAUCCAUGCGUGAAUUUCAGAAGGAACCGGGGAACCUUAAGGAAUACUCACCCUGGUUGAGUGGAUUUAAAGCAGACCUGUUCAGCAACGAGCUGGAGAUCCCUGGACAAUAUGAUGGCAGAUCCAAACCUUUACCAGAGUAUCAUGCAAAGAUAACAGGCUUUGAUGAAAGGGUGAAGGUGAUGUCCUCUAUCCGUCGUCCCAAACGUCUGAUUAUCCGUGGCGAUGAUGAGCGGGACCACCCGUUUCUGGUGAAGGGUGGGGAGGACCUCCGCCAAGACCAGCGCAUCGAGCAGCUUUUCGCUGUCAUGAACAUCCUGCUAAGCCACGACACAUCUUGCACACGUCGAGGUUUGCAGCUUCGAACCUAUCAGGUCAUCCCCAUAACCACCAGAAUUGGUCUGAUUGAAUGGAUGGAGAACACCUGCACUCUGAAAGAGUUUCUCUACAACACGAUGACUGAAGAGGAGCAGCACAAAGCUAAAGGAUCUGCUGACGUCUACAUGAGAUGGCUCUCUACCUUUGCUCCAGACGUUAGUGGUUUCGCUGUGUAUGGACUGGUCUACAGGAAAGCCAAACGUGCCGAUGCAGUGAGUAACUUCUUGAAAGUGAUGCAGCAUGUUCCUGGUGAUCUGCUAAAGAGAGCAUUCCUGAAGAUGUGCAGUAGUCCCGAAGCCUUCCUGUCUCUCAGAUCCCACUUCAUCAGCUCUCAUGCUCUGCUGUGCAUCAGCCACUGGAUCCUCGGCAUCGGAGACCGUCAUCUAUCCAACUUUAUGAUCAACAUGGAGACCGGCGGCAUGAUCGGCAUCGACUUUGGUCAUGCUUUUGGUUCAGCCACACAGUUCCUCCCGGUUCCCGAGCUGAUGCCAUUCCGGCUGACUCAGCAGUUCCUGAAUCUGAUGCAGCCAUUGAAGGAAUCUGGGUUGAUCCAUAACAUCAUGGUCCACUCUUUGCGGGCCUACCGGGCGGAGCCGGACCUCCUGCUAAACACCAUGGAUGUGUUUGUCAAAGAACCAUCUCUGGACUGGAAGAACUUUGAGAUGAAACAACUGAAAAAAGGAGGAACGUGGACGGAGAACGUGGACACCAAAGAGAUCAACUGGUUUCCUCUGCAGAAGGUCAACUUUGCCAGACGGAAGCUCGAAGGAGCAAAUCCAGCUGUUAUAACCAGUGAGGAGCUGGAGCUCGGCUUUGAGAAGGACUUGUCAUUCCCAGGAAUGCAGCGUGUAGCUUUGGGAAGUGAGGAGCACAACGUUCGGGCAAAGCUUCCGGCUUCCGGUCUGUCAGUGGAGAACCAGGUGGACUGUCUGCUGGACCAGGCCAUGGAUCCCAAUAUCCUCGGCAGAGUUUGGGUCGGCUGGGAACCGUGGAUCUGAUUCUGUGGUGGAUCGUCAGAGUGAUCAAACAAAUGUUGGGGUAACUGGAAGAACCCUGCUUGAUGUCAGAUAUUCUUGUCUGUGGAAAAAAACUUUAAUCAUCUGAAUGAAAAUAAACCAAAGUCUGAA